CAAAACAAACACCUCCAUCAGAGAGAGAAUCGCACACACUGUUAAAACACGAAUUGGGUUUUUGUUCAAAAUUAAAUACAAUGGAUUUUUCCGGCAUGUUUCUCAUUUUCUUCGCCGCGGCUCUGUUUCUCUGUUUACUCCGGUUAAUAGCCUCAACCGUCAGAUUCCGCCAUAGCUCCUCCACAAAACUCCCACUUCCUCCGGGAACAAUGGGUUAUCCUUACGUCGGAGAAACAUUCCAGCUUUACUCACAAGACCCUAAUGUGUUCUUCGCAUCAAAACAGAGAAGAUAUGGAUCGGUGUUCAAGACUCACGUAUUGGGAUGUCCAUGUGUGAUGAUCUCAAGCCCUGAAGCAGCGAAGUUCGUAUUGGUUACAAAAUCUCAUUUGUUUAAGCCGACUUUCCCGGCGAGCAAAGAGAGGAUGCUUGGAAAGCAAGCUAUCUUCUUUCACCAAGGAGACUACCAUGUUAAACUCAGAAAGCUCGUUUUAAGAGCUUUCAUGCCUGAUUCAAUUAGAAACAUGGUCCCUAACAUUGAAUCAAUAGCUCAAGAAUCCCUCAGUUCUUGGGACGGAACUCAGCUCAACACUUACCAAGAAAUGAAAACAUACACUUUCAACGUGGCUUUACUUUCAAUACUCGGGAAAGACGAAGUCUUUUACAGAGAAGAUCUAAAACGAUGCUACUACAUUCUCGAGAAAGGUUACAACUCGAUGCCGAUUAAUCUCCCGGGAACACUAUUCCACAAAGCCAUGAAAGCUCGCAAGGAGCUAGCUCAAAUCCUCGCUAAAAUCUUGUCAAAGAGAAGACAAAACCCAUCAACGCACAAAGAUCUUCUCGGAUCAUUCAUGGAAGACAAAGAAGGAUUAAGCGACGAGCAAAUCGCUGACAACAUAAUCGGAGUCAUCUUCGCGGCAAGAGACACGACCGCGAGUGUGAUGACGUGGAUCCUCAAGUACUUAGCAGAUAAUCCAACUGUCCUAGAGGCUGUCACGGAAGAACAAAUGGCGAUAAAGAAAGGCAAAACAGAUGGAGAGAGUCUCACUUGGGAAGAUACAAAGAAGAUGACACUAACUUCUAGAGUUGUCCAAGAGACAAUGAGAGUUGCUACAAUCUUAUCUUUCACUUUUAGAGAAGCUAUCGAAGACGUUGAAUACGAAGGAUACUUAAUACCAAAGGGAUGGAAAGUAUUGCCACUAUUCAGAAACAUUCAUCAUAAUGCCGAUUUCUUUUCGAAUCCCGGAAAAUUUGAUCCAUCAAGAUUCGAAGUUGCGCCAAAACCGAAUACAUUCAUGCCAUUUGGGAGUGGGAUCCAUUCUUGUCCUGGCAAUGAAUUAGCUAAACUUGAAAUCUCCAUUCUAAUCCAUCAUCUCACCACUAAAUACAGGUGGUCGAUCGUGGGACCGAGUGAUGGAAUUCAGUAUGGACCGUUCGCUCUUCCUCAAAAUGGAUUGCCUAUUGCCUUGGAACGAAAACAAGAGGCUGACGUGUAAAAAAUUACAGAAGUACCCAUUAGCUUUCUAAAAUUAGAAAGCGAGAACUUUAAAGAGAUCAGUUCUCUUUUAUUUCAUUGACUAAGAAACAAUAAUACAGAAAUGAAAAAGAAUAAUUAGGAAAAAUCCCAAAUGGGACCCCCAAGUGUACAUACAUUUUAGUUAUUGUUAUUACAAUUUUUAGUUUAGAUUUAGUAAACGUAGAGAAUUAAAUUUUGGGAUUUGUCUUUGUUAUGUCUCUUAGUUGUAAAUUCUUUUGUUACCAAUGUUAUAAACACCAUUUAUGGAAUUCUCAGUUAAGAAGUUAUCAACUUCUAGUUCGUUAGCUCCGACUCCAAAAAUCUCUCAAACAGUUGUCAACCCUUAAAAUUCAUUUUCCCAGAUCUGACUUCUUUGACAUUCUUCGGUGGUUGUCGUUCCUUGUCAACGCCAGAGAGGAACUCUUCUUGAUUAUUUUUAAUUUUUGCUCUUUCUUUUAACUUCUUCAAAUCUCUUUUAAUAGCUACCGAGUCUUUUAGUUUCUUUUGGUAUUGUUUCUUUGUUGACAAGGUGGAUGGUUAUGGACGCAAAGGGUGGUGUUCAAAGGUUGCCAAUUUGGCAUCUCGUCGCUAGUUGGCUAGGAAUUUUUUCAACUAGGAUUUGAGAAUGCAUUCCUUGCUCUUGGUCUGGGGUUGAUUGUCGGUUGAGUUAGAGUUUGAUUGAUGUGAGUAGUGAUGGCUCGUUUCUUUGAUAUGCUUCGCGGUGGAAGUAAUAGUUGAUUAGAUAUGGUGUUAUUUGAUUAUUUGGAAUUGUUCGGUUGCUUUUCAUUCGAGGUUAUAGAUUUUUAAAUAAUUUGACUCUCUUCUCCCUCUCUCUCUCUCUCCUUGCUGUAAGAUUGUGUCUUGCUUUUACUUAGCCUAGUUGUGGUUGUCUUACAUGAUCUGGAUGGAUGUAUUCGAAUAUGUCAAACAUAUGAUUUUGUCUUAAUAAAUGUGGAUAUUUUCUGUUUUGAUUUGUAACCAAGGUUAUUUUAUUUGUCUUGUGGAGAUCUAGUGGUUUUAUUUGUGUUACAACAUGGUUAGUAUGGGCGGAAACGGAGCAAAUAGUACCC